UUUUUUUUUCUAAACACAUAGUUUGUUUAUUAGAUUGGACAGAUUCUUCAUUAUCGAAUCCACAACUUGUUGUCUAUCAUCAACAUUAUCCAUCAUCAUCAUCCAAUCGUUCUUCUCGAGAUAUGAUUACAACGAAUUCUAGUGAAAAGUUAAUUGAAACGGGAUCAAGACAUAAAUUAUCUAAUAAAACAGAUAUAUUAACUCGACAUACACAAAAAAGUUGUGAUAUCGAUGAUAAUGAAGAUGUAUUACCUAUAGAAAAUGGACAAUUUUCAACACAUAUUAACUAUGUACAACGGAAAUCCAAUCAAUCAACAAACAGCAAUAAUCACGAAAUGAUUAAUGAACAAUAUCAUUAUCCUGAAUCUCAUAUCAAUGAUGUUUCUAAUAGAUCUGUUCCUAGUCAAAAAUUAAUUUCGACAUCAUUAAAACGUCAGCAAUCAUCAAGUUCUGAUAAAAAUCCAAAUAAUCUGAAUUUAAUUGAUUCGAAACCACCAUUAUUAUCUCCACUAUCUACAACGAAUAUUAAUAAACGUAUACAACAAUUAAAUUCACCAACAAAUAUCAUACAACAAAAACGUCUAUAA